GGUUGGCGCCUUCUUACAAUCUUACGGCUGCUCCAAUCUUGCCCAAUACUACAUUUCUAUCUCUCCUGCAAAUCGUCUCUCGUGGGAUUCAUCUCCCAGAAAACACCCUUUUAACGCUAUCCACCGAAAAUCUAAACCCUAAAAAUUCUAUUCUGUAUGCGUUUCAAAUUUUCUAUCUGCAAUCGCAACUCCUUAACACUCUCUAUUCAAUGGAGAUUUCUGAUGAGGCUGUACUAGUUGAUUGUAGCAGAUUGAAAUCAGCUGUGUGGAAAGACUUUGAUCGGAUCAAAAGAGGUGAUGCCUGCGUUGCUGUUUGUAAGCAUUGUAAGAAGAAACUCAGUGGUUCAAGUACCAGUGGAACAUCACAUUUAAGAAACCACUUAAUCAGAUGUAGAAGAAGAUCAAAUCACGAUGUAUCUCAAAUGCUAACAUCAAAAGGUAAGAAAAAGGAAGGAUCUUUAACACCUGUAAGUUUCACAUACGAUCAUGAUCAAACAAAACCCGACAUCCCCAACCUCAUUAAAUACGAACAAACCCCAGUAAAAGACAGUCUUGUUACUUUAACCACUGGUAACUUUGACUACAAAAGGAGUCGAUUUGACCUUGCUCGCAUGAUCAUUUUACAUGGGUACCCUUUAGCUAUGGUGGAACAUGUUGGGUUCAAAAUCUUUGUUAGAAAACUUCAGCCAUUGUUUGAGCUUGCAACGCUUGAUGGAAUCGUGGCUGAUUGUAAAGAAAUUUACCUGAAAGAGAAACAAAAAGUUACUGAAAUGCUGGAUACCCUUCCAGGUAAAAUCAGUUUAAGUGUCGACACAUGGUCUGCAAAAGGUGAUGCUAAGUACUUAUGUUUAACUGCACAUUCUGUUGAUGAAACUUGGGCAUUGAAGAAAAAGAUUUUAAGUUUCAUAAACAUCGACCCUUUUCUAACAGAAGACAUGGUUUCUGAACUUAUCAUGAGCAGAUUAAUGGAAUGGGACAUUGACCGAAAGUUAUUCUCUUUGACUUGCAACAAUUGUCCAAUUCAUGACAACAUUGUAUGCAAACUCAGAGAUCGUUUAUCACAAAACAGGUUUCUUUUAUGUAAUGGUCAAUUAUUUGAAGUAAGAUGUGCUGCAAAUUUUAUAAAAGUCAUGGUUGAUGAUUGUCUUGAAGCUUUAUCUCUAACAAUCUCCAAAAUCCGUGAAAGCAUCAAGUACAUUAAAAGCUCACAAUCCGUUACUGAAAAGUUCAAUGAAAUGGUUCAAGAAGUUGGAGUAAACAGCGAGAAAUCGUUAAAUUACGAUAAUACCCUUCACUGGAAUUCAACCUACAUCAUGCUUGAUGUUGCUUUGGAGUACAGAGAAGCCUUUUCACGUCUCCAAGAACAAGAUUUUGCUUACACAAUGUGUCCUUCAGAUGAUGAUUGGAGUCGAGCUUCUACAAUCACUAGUUUCUUGAAACUAUUUGUAGAAGUUUCUACAGUUUUUGCAGGAAGCAAACAUCCAACUGCUAAUAUAUAUUUUCCUGAAGUUUGUGACAUUCAUUUACAACUAAUCGACUGGUGUCAGAGUCAUGAUGAACAUAUAAGCGAGUUAUCUUUAAAAAUGAAAAACAAAUUCGAUGAGUAUUGGAAGAAAUGCAGUUUGGCUUUAGCAAUUGCAGCAAUUUUAGACCCGAGAUUUAAAAUGAAAUUGGUGGAGUAUUAUUACCCUCAAAUCUAUGGAGGUGAUGCUCCUGAUUGUGUAGAUAUAGUUUCUAACUGUAUGAGGGCGUUGUACAAUGGGCAUGACGUGUACUCCACGCUGGCGUCUCACAGCCAGGUAGGCGGAAGUGACACGAGUGAUACGAGGGACCGGUUGACCGGGUUUGACCGGUUUCUUCAUGAAACUUCGCAAAGUCAAAAUGUGAAGUCUGACCUUGAUAAGUAUCUUGAAGAGCCUUUGUUUCCUAGGAAUAUUGAUUUUAAUAUAUUGAAUUGGUGGAAGGUUCAUACCCCGAGGUAUCCUGUUUUGUCAAUGAUGGCGAGAAACAUUUUGGGAAUUCCUAUGUCUAAGGUUUCAUUGGAUUCGGUGUUUGAUACUGGAGAUAGAGUUCUUGAUGAGUAUAGAAGCUCAUUGAGUGAAGAUACUUUGCAAACUUUGAUUUGUGCACAAGAUUGGAUGCAAAAUGGUGUACAAGAUUCCAGAUCAUCUUCGAGCUCAACUGCUUUGGCCAUUUGUUAUGAUGCAAAUUAGAAUGAAGUUGGUAACAAGUUCUUGCUUUGCUAGUCUUUUGUUAGAAAUUGUUUUGAAUUUUCAGGUAGAAUUGUUUAAUGAUUUAUCUGCUUUUAGCUCAUUUUUUUUUAUAUAUAUAGAGCUGCUUUAUGGAAUAUCGUCAUGACUAAUGCAAGGGAUUUAGUUCUAAUAUACUAAUGCAUUCGAAUA